AUGAAUUACAUCGUGACACUGGCUGUCGUUGUCUUCUCUGCCGCUGCAUGGGUUCUUCUCCACAGGCCAGAUGCAGGCUUCGAUCCACAAAUGGUGCUUGCGAAGGGUUGCGCAAUUACCUCCCGGUCCUGGGAGUUUGGCACUUUGACUGAAGCUCUCCUCGAGUUCUACAAUCCCGAGCUGACCGUCUUUGGGUUGGAUCCUUUUCCAUACGGACAUAUUCCGAAAGUCACUGAUGCCACAAAAGUCCAAGGUCUUGCGUAUGCAAGUGCUGUGAUAUGGACCAACGGCUCGGAUCUCUUGAUCGACGGUGAAGUGCGGUAUGAGCCCCAGUCUCACAACAGGAAAGGUUCACCAGCGGAUCCGGCGUCUCUGGGCACAGCCGCCGUGCUCCUAUCCCAAUACGACGAGGCGUACCUCGAGGCCGCGAAACGGCAGGCCGAAUACCUCUUGACAAAAGCCAGGAGGUUCCACGUUCAUGACACACCCGCGCCCAUCUCGCACCGCGAUGAGCCUCCCGAACUCUGGGGCGAUUUCGUCUACAUGGUGCCUCCUUUCUUUGCAUACCACGGAGUGGCAGUGCAGGACAUGCAGUUCUUGGAAACGGCCGUGCAGCAAUGUCAGCUCUACGACGUCGUCCUCAGGACAAAUAUCUCACUGGAGGACGGGCGAACUUGUCAUGGCCUGUGGAGGCACAUCGUCUCAGAGCCAACGCAAUUGGAGCCGGGAAUAUGCUGCUCAGAUCCAGAUGUAUGGCUCACCAGCAAUGCAUGGGCUGUAGCCGGAAUGACUCGAGUCUUGGCCACGAUUCUGAAGUGGCAGCCUCCUCCAGGCAGUCCGAUCCAGUACGACGAAUUCAGGGCACGGAGCACAACGGCGUUGACAGAUAUCAUCGAUGGUAUGUUGAAAUGCACCAUGAACCAGAGUCGAGAUGAGAAGUCAGGUCUUCUGAAGAACUACCUGGACGGGCCAUCACAUCCAACUUCUGCCUGGGCUUAUGGAGAUGCUGCUGGCACCGCCCUGAUGGCUUCCGCAGUCUAUAGACUGGCAGUGCUCCUCCCAGAGGUCUAUGGGACCCCGAGCUUUCUCGACUGGGCCGAGCAGAACCGUCACGCAGUCGCCAGGCAUAUUAGCCAGGAUGGGAGGGUUGGCCCUGUAGCAGAUGUCGGCCAUGUUCCAAGUCAAAGUCCCGUCAACCAGACCAGUGAAGGGCAGAGUAUGGCGAUCCUGAUGUACAGUGCCUGGCGCGACUGUCUGACUGCUGGAGUCUGCGGCCAUCAUGGGGCCCUCUGGGAUACGAUAUUGAGGAGAUUGACUGGGUGGACAUACAGUACAUAG